GCCACUCGAUAAAGGAGCACAAGUGCACAGACUUGCUGGGAUUUGAUCCCGGCUGUCUCGAGAGUAGCGGAGGUUUAUUUCAACGUUGUGACAAUAAUGUUUAGGUAUUUUAGAAAGCUUUAAAUAAGACAAAUAGACAAAAACAAUCUUUAAGCAAAACGGAGACUUCAUUUCCUGAAGAAUAUUAGUUAGCACAGCUCCUAAGAUAUGAGGUCCACCUGCCUGAUCCUCCUUGCUUUUCUCACUGCUUUCAAUCUGACUGUCAAUGUGGGCCAACACGUUGCACAGGAAGAAGACCCCGCCGAGCGAGUACCUAUGGAUGAAAUUCUGCAGAGAGCCGAGAAUCUCAUCAUUCGAUCCAUUCUCAGGAAAAUAGAAGAUGACAGUGCUAAUGAACAGGAAUUGCUCGCAAAGAGGCAACAUCCUGGCAAAAGGUUCCAAGAUACAUUUGAAAAAAGGCAACAUCCAGGAAAGAGAGAUGAAGAAGAAAACGAGGAUGACCUAACAUAUAUGGAUUUCCCAAAAAGGCCGCAUCCUUUAAAGAAGGAGGAGGAAGAGGAGGAUUACUCUGAAUUUCAAAAGCGACAGCAUCCAGGCAAGCGUGAUGAGGAGGCUGACACCUCCAUGGACCUGCAGAAGAGACAACACCCAGGCAGACGUGCCCUGUGGGAGCAGUACUCUGAUAUACCCGGCACCCAAGCAGCUUACCUGCAUGAGCUCUCGAGACGACAGCACCCUGGCAGGAGAUUUGUAGGGUUUGUUAAGAGACAACACCCCGGUAAGAGGAGUCUGGAGGAUCAGGAUGUUAGCGAACUUCAAGAUGUGGACAAGCGCCAGCACCCUGGAAAGCGCACCAUGGACUUAGACAGCCCAGAUUAUAACAGCAGCCCACCCUGCGAUAUCCAAGAACUGACUGGCUGUAGUAAAGCUAGUUUACUGCUUGAGUUGCUAGAUAAUGUGAACAAGAGCAGGGGUGAGGAGAAAAGGCAACACCCUGGACGAAGGUUUGUUUUUGAUGCUGACUUGGCUGAACAAGAAUAAGGCUAGUUUGAUGUAAAUUUACAAAAAAUAUUACUUACUUUUUUAUUUAUUUCUUCAUUGCAUCAUUUAUUAUUAAUUUCUUGUUUUUUUUUAUUAUUUCCCCUCAGCAGCAAGUCUUCUCCAGUAAUUCUUAUUUCACUUACAAGUAAACCUCGCCAACUUGAGAAGUUAGAAAUUGGAUACGCUAGCUAUAGACAGGAUGUUAUCCAGAUCCUUUGGUUUUAUUUUUUAGAUAAUGAAGAAUAAUUUAAGAAGGCGUAGAACUGCAACACUCUAGGAGUCUGGCUUUGAAUCCCAGCCUAGUAAAUGUCUGUGUGGAAUCUGCACAUUUGUGUCAAAAUGGAUAUUUUUCCAUUUUUUGUCUUCUGCAUCCCAAGUGCGUGUUAGGUUAACUGGCAGCUCCAAAUUAACUUACUGUGGGUGAGUGAAGCCUGUGAUGGACAACAGCACCAUCCAAAUUUAGCUCUGACUGGAUGUAUUUUCAAAUUGAUGAUUUCAAAUUUUAUAGCUUUAAACUAAACUUGUAUGACAGGUUCCUAUUCUCCUUGAAUAUGGAAAAUGUGUAGUGCUGUUACCUGCCAUAUGGUAACUGGGGUAUUUAAUUACCUGUGUAUUCAUUUUCAUCUCCACCUGCCUCCAUUAAUCAACAUCUUUGGUCAGGGAAUAUACCUGUGGUAGAAGUGAAAGGAAUGAGCUUCAUUGUAUUCUUAGUUAGACGUAAGGAAUACAUUAAGGAAAUCAGAGCUGAAUAAAAUACCAAUAUAUACAGAGAAAAUAAACAUCAAUAACUGACUAAAAUGAAAUCAAAGAUAUAAGGCAUCCAAAUAUUUUAGGGUUGAGAUCUUAAAUCAUAUACAUAUACUUUACAGUGCCCUGUUAAUGUAUCCAGACUCCAUAAAAUGUUUUCAAAGGUUGCUGGAUUCCAAACAAUAACUUACAUAUCUUGUUCUAUUCCUUUUUAAAUUGCAAACCCACAUGCUUGAGAAGAAAUUUUAUAUAGACAAAAUUACUCAUUCGAAGAUUUUCGAUAUCAGUAGAUAUGGUAGAAAAAGAUUAGAGACAUCAUAGACACUGAUCUCAGAAGACGGAAGACAUCUUUGCCACCUUGUCAGUUUUAGGUCUUUUGGGAUCGGGGUCUACCAGCUUUGCACACUGAUCACAAAUGAUUUUUGUCAAUUACUCUUGGCAUAUUUGCAAAAAGUUCAUUCAAAGUUCUGGGACUGUACUCAUGCGACUCCAUUUUGAAGUUGUGCCAAUAGUUCUCAAAGGGGUUCAGGUCCAGAGUUUAACUGAACAACUCAAACACAUUUACCUUUUAAUUUGCCUUGUUGCUUUGUUCCAUUCUUUGGAGUCAUGUCAUGCUGAAAGGCAAAUUUUCUUCUAAGUAUAAGUUUUUAGUAGAUUGUAACAAGCCCAUGGUGUCAGACUUCAUCUGUUUUUCUUUCAAACUUGCCUAAAACAUAAACAUCAAGAGCAAUCAGAUGUGAAUGGCAAGUGAGAAAUGAUGAAGAACGUCUAGUUGAAAAAAAAUAGAAGAAAUAUGAGGGUGGACAAAAUGACUGCUGAUGGUGCAAAGAAGAUGUAGAACUGUUAGUUGAGAAAAAAAAUAGUGGCAGAAAGUGACAAGGUGAUCAAUAAAGAAGCAAGAAGAAACAAUGAAGAAGCAGUUGUGCGAGUGCAAGAAGUCAACAGACAGGAGUUUGUAAGUGAGCUGCAUACUAUAGAAGGAAUGAGAAAUACACUUAGGAUUAAGAAGGAGACUCCAAAUGAAAGAUAGGAUGGAGUAGGUGUGAAUUGCUUGAAAAUGCUAAAGGGAACAUCAUAAUUACUACUGAUACAUGUUUAGAAUGCAUAGAGAAGAUGCUGAAUGAGAUGAAAGAAUGGGACAAUGAUGUUCAUUGUGAGAAACUAGAAGGACCAAGUUGUUUCUUUUCAAAUGAGGAGACAGCAAAUGUACUGAAAAAGAUGAAGAUUGGUAAAGCAGCCGGUCCAACUGAUGUGGUGUUGGUAAUGCUGAAGGCUGUGGAAGGUCCUGGAAUUGCUUGGAUGAUAGACCUGAGCAAGAUGAUUCUGUGGGUUUCAGAAAAUUGGAAAGGAAGUGUCCUCAUUUCAGCAUACAAAGGAGAGGAUAUUUCAUUGGAUUGUGUGUCAUAUUGAGCAACCAGGUCUUUGGAGAAGUGGCUGUGUGAGUGCUAGAGACAAGACUCAGGAGAAAAGGUCAAAGUUAAUUAAAUGUAGUUUGGGUUCAUGCCUGAGAAGAGUACAACAAAUGUGAUAUUUGCUAUCAGCAAAUGCAGGAAAAGAAUGCGUUCCGCACUUGUACACCUGGAGAAAGCUUUUGACAGGGUGCCAUGAGAGUCUGACAUAGAUGAAUGAUUAGUGUGUGCAAUGAUGUCAAUUGAAGAGGUAACAUGAAUAAUGGCAAAGACGAAGGGGAGCAAAUUUUGGAAGGGAUGGGUGAAUGUGGGUGUGGCAUAUAGAGUACAGGUGUUGGUAGAAACUCCAACCAUUGUAUGGGUUGUAAGACAUGGAUGCAUGCAAGAUGUAUUGGCAUGAAGGCUACUCUGUGAUAUUUUUUGCAAAAAUUAUGUGAGGAGGUUCAGAAUGCUGAUCGACUAAGAGUAAAUUUAGAUACUGGCAAUGAAGUUGUUUUGGAGAAAGUAGGAAAGUUCUGCUACUUAGGUGCCAUGUUAAGCACUGAUAGAGGUGCAGAAAGAGUGGUAAAAGUUUAGGUCCCAUCUUUUCAACUAUUAAAGGACCCUCUCUAACACUGAAAAGAAACGUUUAUGAAAGCUGUGAGGGGAGUAAUAUGCUCAGUGGGAGUGAGACAAAGCAGAUAAAUGUGGACCAUAAAGCAAACCUGGAAAAACAGAGAUAAGAAUGAUCAGAUGGUGUUACAGAGUGAGAGGAAGAUGAAUAUUGACUUAAGAGAAAGGCAAAAGGUGUGGUGCUGAGAAGAAAUAAAGUAAAGUAGAACAAAAGGUAGAGUAAAGAGGUGCACUAAGAUGGAGGUAGAGGCACAGAGGGAGGCCAAAAAGGAGGAGGAUAAAGGUGGUUUUGGAUGAUAUAAAAACAUAUAUUUAUCCCCAAAGGAUGGCAAGGAUGGCAAAGAAUGAAAGAUAAAGAUUUGGGAAUCAACCAGCUAACCUGCACAGCCUUUAAACCAAUGAUGAUAACGGUAGUGAUUAUGAUGGUAAAGAUGUCUCCAUCAUGUCUAAAAACCUGCUAAGAUACUGCUGACAAGAAACACCUCCUAAGCAUUAUAUUGUCACCAUUAUUUAUUACUGAUAGAACAGAAAUUUCUCGAAUCAUGGACGAUGUUAGCUUUGCAUCACACAUAGUAAUUUGAAUUUAGACCAACAAAAGUUAAGCUGUUUAAGCUAGGCCCUGCAUAUCCACAAGGCAUCUUCCUAACUCAUAGCUUGUACACACUCAUGCUUUCAGGCAAACUCCAGGUAGGGGCUUCCUUUUGAGGAGCUUUUAUAUUUUUUCACCAUUCCAUAGAGUCUUGGUUGUACAGAACUCUUGAUAUUGAUGACUGAUCUAUCUUAACAAUGCUCAACUACUGCAUGUCUUUCUCGACUAUUGCUCACCUCUCAGUGGACUCUUUUACAGGUCACCUUGUCUGAAUGCCAUGUUUUGACAGAUACGCCAUUCUAGGCAGUGUCUAUUUUUUAAUUUUUUUUGUAUUGGUUACACCAUACUAAUCCCCAAGAGGAAAUUGUCUUUUCACAUGAGCUCUGGAGGUCAGAGUGCAGAGUCAGCCAUUGUACAGCGCCCCUGGAUUCUAGUCUUCCAUUUCUUGAUAAAUGUGCCGAACAUGCUCAGUGGGAGUCCAGAACACUUUUAUCUAGUUUAUAUCUUUUUCCUUUGAGUACAUUUUUCUCAUUUUAUUUAUCAUUUCCUUAGAUUUCUGGUUAGUCUUUACUUUCAUACUUUCCAUUUAGAUUCAUCAGUAGCCAAUGAUUCCUUAACAGAGUAGAAGUUUCAUUCAUAAACCUCUGUAGUGCGAUGGUAGACAACCAUAGUAAAACAAAGCAACAUCAUUGGAGCAACCAGAACACAGUGGUCAGACUACUUAGGUGAGCAGUACUAUUUAUCUUUUGACUUCAAAAUGUCUGCUGUUAAGCAAAUUUAUAGUUUUCUCUUCAAGUAUGCAGGUGUUCAAUAAAAAUACUGAAAGGAAGAAGAUGACUAAAAAUCACUUGAAAGCCAACAACAUCUGAAAACGUUUAAAGGAAAUGAAUGCUUUAGCAAGGCACAGUUUAUACUUUAAAUGAUUUAAUAUGAUAAGCUUUGAUUAAAGUAUUUCCUGAAGAAGUAAAUGUAGUAGUAGUUUUAUGUUUUUAUUCUGUAUGUACAAAGAGAGUGAGGAAGACUGAGUGAGCACUGGGACACUCAGUACGACAGGACAUCAAGUAAACUAUGUUGAGUUAUCCCAAAUAUACUCGAUUAUACUGUGUGACAAAAAUGAAAGUCCUUUGGGCCAUAGCACAACUAGAUGAGAGCAGAAACCUCAAUUUCCUUUAAGAGUCUUUCCUUCUGAAGUACCCAGGGAAAUGUCUGAAGUAGGAUUCUUUAUUAUGGGAUGUACAAACUAGAACUGAAUCUUUUGCCACCAGAACAGUUUUUAUAGUCUUGUGAAUGGUGAUAUGGCUGGAAGGACACAACCAUUUCUGUCCACCUUAAAGUUUCUGAAUGUUAUUAGCCAUCUAUUCUAUGGUUUCAAUGACCUGAUGGUUUUUUCCAUGUGAUCUUCACAUGUAGAAUGAGGAACAGUAGUC